AUUUGCAAUAUUUUUUUGAUUAUAAACAACCGCCGGCCAACAAACGUUUUUUUUUUUGGUUUUCUUGUCUUCUCAGAAUAAAUUGAAAAAUAAACAAAAAAUUCAACGCGUUUGAUCUAUCAUCUAUGAUGGAUGAAGAUCAAAUGCAAUGUUGAAUGCAAAGAAGAAGAAGAAAAAGAAAACCAAACACAAAAGUCCUGAAUAUUAACAAGCCAUAAGGAUAGGACUUUUUUGUUUGCCAGGAAGAAAUACAAGAAGAGUUUGUUUAUUAUUCAUUCAUAGAGAAGAUGAAAAUUUUUAAGACAGCUUCAGCGGUAUUAAAAGAUAAAAACAGUAUCCUUUUAGCAAAACUAAGUAGAAAAUCAUCAUACAGAAAUCCAGAUCUUGAGACAGCGAUUAUUAAAGCGACAAGUCAUGAUGAAUCAAAGAUUGAUUACAAGAAUGCACAACGAGUCUUCAACUGGGUACGAAAUUCGUCUACUUUUAUUAAACCUUUGAUAUGGUCAUUAUCUACACGUAUGGAAAAGACCCGUUCAUGGGUUGUUGCUCUUAAAGGUUUAAUGCUCAUGCAUGGUAUCUUCUGUUGUAAAAUCCCUAUUGUUAAAAAGAUUGGACGACUUCCAUUUGAUCUAUCGAAUUUUCAUGAAUGUCAUUCUAAAUCUAAUAGGAUUUGGAGUUUAAGCGCUUUCGUUAGAGCUUAUUUUGCAUUUCUUGAUCAAAAAUCGGCUUUUGAUUCGAUUCAAUCCAAAGAAGAUCAUGGGUUGAAGCAGAGACCGCAUAGACGUGAAGCUCCAAUGGUCCAUGUACUUGAAGAGUUGCAAAGAUCUCAACAAUUACUCGACAUGUUGAUUCAAAUCAGACCAGAUGGGAUAAAUACUUAUACGUUAAUUCUUGAAGCAAUGGAUUGUAUUAUUGUCGAGAUUUUUGAUGUUUAUAGCAAAAUCUGUAGUGGAAUUGCAGGAAUAUUGGUGGGCAUAUUAGGAGCAAGUCACUUAGAAGCCAAAAUGGCUUUAAGAAUAUUACAGAAAGCAGCUUCUCAAGGUGAAGAACUAUCUUCUUAUUUUGAGUUUUGUAAAGAUAUUGGUGUUCUAAGCGCAUCAGAAUUUCCAAAAGUUGAACAAAUUCCUGAAGAAGAUAUAAGAGAUUUAGAAAAAAUUAUCAUGAAUGGUGUUUCAGAAAAAAAGGAACUUGGUGGUGGCUUCAAAUCACAUCAUCAUCAUCAUCAGAGUCGAGAAGAAAAGAUUAAGGAUCAGAAUGCAAAGAUUAAUUCAGCCAAAGCGGUUGUUACUCGAGAUUGGGUUGUUUUUGAUGAUGAUUUUAGUCGUCCAGUUAUUGACAUUGAUGAUGAUAAUGAUCACAAAAAUAAUGGUGAUACUCCUAACGUAAUGAUUAAUCAGAACUAUCAUCAAGAUGAUCCUUUUGCGGCUUCAGUGAAUUAUCCACCAUUAAUUGUAUGUGGAUAUGAAGAUUCUCAUCAUAAUAAUCAGUAUAUAUCAAAUGAAUUGGUUCAGUUUGAUCACUAUUAUUAUUCAAACCAAGGAGGAGCUGCUUACAUAACCAACGGUUUCAAUAAUCAAACAAGCUUGGUUUUAUCUCAAUACUAAGUGUCGCGGUUUUUGGAUAUAUAUACACAUUCUUUUUGCUGAUUUUUUUUUUUUUUUUUUUUGUGCGAUAAUCAUCUAUGUUUUCUUUAUUAACUCGAGUGAUGGAUGAUGUCUAUUUGUUUAUUUUGUAAUUAAUUAACUUAAUGAUCUCGGUGAUGCUAAUUAGGAUUCUGAUCAAUCAAGGUUUUAGCUUCUUUUUUUCUUA